AUGAGGCCAUGGCAGUGGGCCCAGGUGUGGAUGUGGCUAGUUGGGCUGGGGACCAUAAAAUCAGCACCCAGCCCGGAGAGUGCCAAGGCCUUGGCCCAGGGAGCAGAGUCUGCACUCUUCCUAGACAGAGCUGACUUCUUUGAUUACCCAGACUCGGACCAAGCCAGGCUCCUGGCCCUGGCCCAGUUCAUUGGAGAGAGACCUGUCAUCUUUGUUAACUCAGGUUCUGACUCCAGGCUCUUCCAUCACAUCCUGGUGGGUGCUCUGGUGGUGGCCUUCUUCUUCGUGCUUUUCCAGUUCUGCACACACAUGAGCUGCAAGAAAGGGGCCUAA